AGAACAUCAUCCCAGUUAUCUUCAUUAUCUCAGACUUAGUCCUCCAGCCAAGAUGGCACCGCAUGAUCAAGGCCUCUCACCAGCGUCUCCUCUUGGUAAAAAUGAGGAAGCAGAAUCUAUACUGCCUUUCAACUCGUCAAGACUCGCUACAGAAUCCUUAUCGGCGACCGUGUUUCAAUCGCAUCUUGAUUUAAACAUGGAGGAUAUUGACGGUUCUCGACUUCGUCUAUCUAACAGCCGAAAUGAAGCUCUGCAAGGGGAUUACAGGUCACUACUGGGUCAAGAGGAUUUACCAGGGCCAGAUAACUCUUAUGCUGGUAUGACAACGAACGAUGAUAUGAACUGGCUACUUUUAGGAUUAUCGACCCGUCUUAAUGACCUUGAGACAGCCGUUGCAAAUGGAAAUGCACGAAUUGCCCAUCUUGAUGCUCAGAUUAUAGGAUUGACAGAUGAGUUUCAACGAGCCAUAGCUCAUUUGAAGAAAGGUGUAAAAGAGGUAGCGACGGUAUUUUUAGCUAGUGGUUCAGGCGAUUCAAAGACACAAACGUAAUGUCAAAUGCGAUUUGCGGUUUCUAGUCUUGGUAUUAAUAUUAGCACUCUACACCUUUCUUAAUCUUGAUGGAUUUAUAAAUAGUUAAC